AUGAGAACACAAAAAUAUGAACCUCAGCUUGGUUCAAACGUUGUUUACUUAACUACUCAAUACCCUUCUGAUCCUGAACGUUAUGCCAUGAUUCGCCAAGCCUGUUUAAAGAUUUUAUCAUCAGAAAAUACAUUUAAUGAUUUUACUCCGAUUUCAAUUUCGGAUUCUAGACAAGGGACUGCCUUGGGCAUCGUUUUCAAGGUUCCUGAUGAUAUGUCUCGUGGUCAUCUUCGACAAUACGCUUUAAUAUGUCAUUGUGAUGACGAACAACUACUAAUGGGAUCAUGGAAAUUAAUUGCGGCACAUUUGAAUUUAAUUAAAACGUCAAUUCAACAACGUGCUGCCAAAGAAUAUGAAAAAGAAGAAACACUUAGAAGAACGUCUUCAGGUGGUCUUGAUCAAUAUCUUCGAACCCGACGAGAAAGCAAACAACACCCACCUCGUAGUUUAACAUCAGUUUUAAAAGAUGAUCAAUUCUAUGGGGAACUUCAUAGCCAAUUUGCUUAUGUUUUAUCUCUUUUAAAUAAAAAAUAUCGAUUUUCGAAACCGUUUUUAAAAUGA